UUUGUAUUUAGCAACGUCAUUGUAAUCAGACGCCACACGAAGACGUUCCUGCAGAAGGCGAUUGUCGCUUGGUCUAACAUUUAGAUUAAAAAAAUGGUGAAAGUAACAUUUAAUUCGUCCUUUGGACAAAGGGAUUUGAAGAAGGCAUGCAAUGCCGAAGCGCUUAUUCCGGAGGAGAGGGACCUGGAGGAUGGCAUGCGGGUGCGUCGGCAGUCCAAGGUGUGGUGCUGGUGCAUGUGCCUGGGCCUGGCUCUCAUGCUGUCUGGUGUGGUGGUGGGAGGGGCCUACCUCUACAAGUCCUACAUACUGCAGGAGGACCCAGUGUAUUUCUGCGGGGUGGACUACCGUGAGCGGGACUACAUGGUUCCGGACGAGGACGAGGCGGCCCUGCCCUCUGCUCUGAGACACAUCCAGGAGAGCAUCCGUGUGCUAGAGGAGGUGGAGCUAAUCAACGUGCCCGUGCCAGAGUUCUCAGACAGCGACCCGGCCGACAUCGUCCAUGACUUCAAAAGCAGGCUGACAGCCUACCUGGACCUGAGCCUGAACAAGUGCUACGUCAUCCCCCUCAACACCUCUAUCGUCAUGCCUCCCAAGGACUUGCUGGAGCUGCUCAUCAACAUCAAGGCUGGUACCUACCUUCCCCAGUCCUACCUGGUCCACGAGCAGAUGAUGGUGACUGAGCGUCUGGAGAACGUUGACCAGCUGGGAUACUUCAUCUACAGCCUCUGCAAGGGCAGAGACACCUACAAGCUGGAACGCAGAGAGACCAUACUGGGCAGGGAGAAGCGUGAAGCCCUGAACUGCAGGACGAUCCGUCACUUUGAGAACAAGUUUGUGGUCGAGACAGUCAUCUGUGAGCCUUAGAAGGGAGAGGGGACUGGCUACUUCAGACAACCCAUGUAUAGUUUCACUGUCUACAGGGAGAUUUUUAACCCUUCUCGCUCUCUCCCGUAUCACCCCUCAUAGAUCCUUUACUCUUCUGUACUGCUGGUAGUUUUGAGGAAGAGUUGUCAAGAUGAUUCCAAGUCAAUACUGUUGUAUAAGGUGUAAAACUAAUGAAUUUUCCACUUUGUGUAAAGUAAGUACCAUUUCAUUUGGGGUCAACUCUUCAAAGAAUAAGAUGUGUUCAGCUUUUCUAUAUUUUGUGGGAAUUGUUUUCUAUCUUUACUCUGGGGUUUAUUAAUGUUAAAGAAACAAAGUGUUUAAACAGACACUUAAGUCAGUUAAUUACACUGUUAAGGUAGAUUGAUGAAAUAUAAACUCAAUGAGAAUAUGCUUACUUUAGCAUAGAAAAUGAAUGAUUUUUGUAUCAGCUGUCACCAUUACAGUGCGAUGAAACAAGAGGAAUCUCACACCACAGGUCCGUCUGAAAACGGACCAUGUGGUAACUAACUUGUGUAUAUAGUCUGUAAAAAGGAAGAUUACCACAAUAAAUCUUAAUCGUUUUAUUGUUUUUGUUCUCAUUGUUUUACAAAUAUGAUAUUUCUAAAGUUAAACCUUUUUACUGUGCAAUA